AUGGCUAUGUUUAUCAUUAUCCUUGCCAUCUCGGCAUCUUUCGCUGCUGCAACACGAAAGUCAUUACCAGUAGUUGAUCUGGGACAUUCUAUCAAUCAAGCUACUAUUGAACCAUGGAAGCUACUAUAACUUUUCAAAUAUUCGGUAUGGAGAAGCUCCUGUUGGCCCACUGCGUUUUUCCAGACCAAUCCCACCGCGAACGGCCAAUCGAACUACAAAUACCGGUCAAGAAGCAAGAUCAUGCUACCGAGCACAUCCUUAUUGGUUAAAGACAGCACGACAGUACAUUAAUAAGGUCCCGCUAGAUGAGAUAAAGCAAGAAUGGUUCGAUAUCAACAAUCCACCUUUACAUGAUGCUAGUCAAUCCGAAGACUGUUUAUUUUUGGAUGUGAUGGUACCUACUACGAUUUUUGAUAAAACUUCAAAGAUUGAGACAUGCGAUGAUGAACCUAGUGCCCCUGUUCUAGUUUGGAUUGACGGUGGUGGUUUUACUGGUGGAUACAAACAUGAAACUAAUCCUGCAGGAUUAAUCGAGAAUUCCAUGGUAUUAAAGGAAGAAUUCGUCUAUGUUUCUAUAAAUUACAGACUGGUCUUUACAUUGGGCUUCUUAGGUGGACCACUUUUGAAAGCCGAUGGAGAUGCAAAUGCCGGUUUGCUUGAUCAACGAUUAGCUUUAGAAUGGGUGCAGGAUCAUGGUGAAUCGGCCGGAGGUGGAUCUAUACUACAUCAAAUAACUGCAUAUGGUGGAAUGAGAGGUCCCCCGCCAUUUCAACAAGCUAUCCUACAAAGUCCGGGUUUUCAGCCAAAUCCGGGGAGUUAUCAACAAGAAAGAAUCUCAAAUCAUGUCUUGAACGACGCAAGUAGCUUUUCAAAUAGGUCGAUCACGACUAUAGAUGGUUUACGAACUGUCGACACUCGGACAUUGGCUAAAGUCAAUGAUUUCAUCGUUGCGAAUUCUCCUUAUGGCCUUUAUACCUUUGGUCCAACUGUCGAUGGAACUUUUGUACCCGCACUCCCUGGUCAAAUUCUAGCGAAUAAGAAUUUUCACACUUCUCUGACAUUGAUGAUUGGAGGAAAUGACCAAGAAGGUGUUCUAUUCACUUCACCGUAUAUUUUGAACCAAGCAGAUUAUGUUGCCAAUCUCAAAUGGUUGUUUCCAAGGGCCCCCGAGCCGUUAGUGCAUGACAUUUUCGCCCUUUAUCCCGACCAACUCGAUGGGAAAUAUGGUUAUACGGGUGAAAUGCUGCGGGCAGCUGUUACUAGUGCAGAGUCCUGUUUUGCAUGCAAUACGAGAUACCUGAAUGCUAAAGUUGGAAACAAGUCAUACGUUUAUUCAUUCGACGUACCUCUAGCAUUACACGCAGAUGAUGUUGCUUAUACAUUUUAUAAUGGUCCAGGCAGUGUUACAUGGGAUGGAAGACCUGUAUUUGGAGGUGCGGCACUCUCUCUUUAA